AUGAAAUAUAAGAAAAAUUAUCAUCUUUGUAAAGAUGGCACUUAUAUCGAGUUCAGCAUAAACAAUAAUUAUUAAUCAUUUAGAUUCUAAUAAAUACCAGAUGAAGCUAUUGCUUAAUUAUUUGAUUUUAGUUCAAAUUUCAAUUAGAUCGAUAAUUUAUCUGAAUCUAAACUUUCACCUGAAAUCAAAGCAUAUCAAGAUACUUAAGAAAAAAGCUUAUAUUAAAGAUGCUUAAAUGCAAUUCCCGUUUUUCAUCCAAUUUCAAUAGGCUUGAUAGCUUGGUAAUUUUUCAUAGUCGUCAUCAUAUUUUUAUAUUUUUUCUACAUUCCAUUAAAAGUAAUUUUAAAAGUUUAUUUAGAUAGCCUUUAAUAAUGAAUUAAAUAGCCUUAAUCCUGAUAAUAGCACAGCAGUUAAUACAUUUCUUAUAUUAUCCAUAUUGGUUUUUAUAUUUGAUCUUUUAGUAUCAUUUAACACUGGUUACAAAGAAAAUGGAUAGGUAAUAAGAGAUAGAAAAAAAGUCAUAAUUCAUUAUUUAAUUAUUGUAUAGAUUUCAACAUAUAAUUUAGGAAUUUGAACUAGAUCUAAUUGGAGUAUUGUGUUUGAUUCUCUCCUACAUAUUGAAUAAUGACUUGCUUAGAUUGUUAUUUUAUUUAAGAAUCUAUUAUGUCAUUAGAUUUGAUAAUAAAAUAGAUUAUCAAUUGCUGCUCAAAAAAAGUAUUUAUAUUAAAAGCAUCUUAAAUUAGAAACAAAAGGUGUCUAUCUUCUUAUUAAACUGAUUAUUGUCAUGCUUUUUGUUGCUCAUAUCAUGGCUUGUAUAUUUUAUGGGAUCUCAUAUUCUGAAUUUUAGAAGGAUGAAAAUACUUAUACUACUUAUACUGAUACUUGGAUAAUUUAUAAUAAUUUUGUUGAAGAUAAUUAAUAAAUCCUUUCCUUCUCUUUAGUUGAGAAAUAUUUGAUAUCAUACUAUUGGGCCAUUACUACAGUAUCUACUAAUGGUUAUGGAGAUAUUACUCCUAAAAAUAAUUCUGAAAUUGGAUGGACUUUAUUGACUAUGAGUAAUUAUUUAUAUAUUAUUUAAGUUAUUGCUGGAAUGGUAUUUGCAUUUAAUAUUUCAUCAAUUAGAGAAACUUUGAUUGAUUUGAAUUAGCCAAAAAUUAUGGAACGUAAUCUUGAAACCAUUCUUAAUCGUUACAUGAAAAUGAAGAGUAUAUCCAUUAAAACUUAAGAAAAGGUCAAUGAUUAUUUUUAGUACAUAUGGAAAGAAGAAAGAAAUCGUAAUCGAGAGAUAGAAGAUAUGUUAAUAUCAAAAUUAGCACCUGAUUUAAAAUUAUAAUUAUAGUACGAAACUUAUAUCUAGUUUGUAAAUUGCAGAAUAUUUUAUAUGAUGUAUUUUAGUAACGAAUUUCUUUACUAAUUAUCAUAUCAUAUGGAAGAACAUACUUAUGGUCCUAAAGAAGAAUUAUAUUUUGAAGAUCAAUAAGGGGAUAAUUAUUUGAUGUAUUUAUAAAAAGGAGAUGUUCAAAUAGUAUAAAAUAAUUUGAAAUUUAGUAUGUUGAAUCUUGUUACAAUUCAGUUGUUUAGAGGACAAGAAUAGAUUAUAUAGAUAAAGGAAAGUGUAUAGGACAAAAAUCUUUUUUUUUGAAUGAGCGUUUUCCAUUUAAAGCAUAAACUUAAUCUUGGUGCAAUAUAUAUAGAGUUUCAAGAGUAAAGUUUGUAGAUGCUAUUAGACAUCAUUAGAAAGACUUUGAAUUAUUUCAUUUGGUUAUAUCAAAGCGAUAUAGUGAGCCAUGGGAAUUUUAUACGAAAAUGGAUCUUAGGUGUUUAACUUGUAUGUCAGAUUGGCAUCAAGCAGAUACAUGUGAUGUGACCCAUUUUAAUAAAAAAGAUUUUAUUUUUAGGAUUAAUGUUAAAGAUGAUAAGUUCAAAAGAGAACAAUUUGAAAGAAAGAGAAGGAAAUAAUAUAAAUCAAUAGUGAUUUAGAAUUAAAUUAAGCGAUCAGUAUAAGAUUAAAUAAUGAGAAUGAAAUCAAAUUAACAAAAAAAACAAUAAAAUUUAGACAUUAGUUUUGAGGAAUCUGAAGAAGAAGAAGAAGAUUUAAUAUAGUAGCAAUAAUAUUAGGAUUAAAUAGGAGAAAUUAAAUAGAUUUUAGGAAAUAUUCUUAUAUAUUUAGGAGACAAUGGAAAUUCUAAUGAUAAAUAGAGAGUUAAAGUUUUUAUACCUUAAAGUAAUUGAAUACAUAAAUAUUUCUAGAGCCAUAAUUUGAUCCUUUUGAGAGAUCCUUCUGUAUAGAUGAAGUGAGAAAUUAUGAACAUUUCUAUCCAAAGUACAACUUGAUUACUAUAAUAAAUAAUAUUUUUGUUAAAUGAAUAAUCCUCUUUUAGAAGAUAAGAGUUUAAUAGAGUUCAGCAUCAAAACUAGUUCAUUAGUGAAAUCAUAAGUGUUAUAUGAUAUUCCAGCAAUAGCUUAAAUAUAGCUAUUUGAUGUUAGUUAAGAUUUUGAUCCUUUAUUUGAGAAUUUAAACCCUUAUAAAAUUUAGUCAAAAGAAAUCUAAGUUUUUAAAGCAGAACCUAAUAGGAAAUUAUAUUCAAGAUUAUUAGAUGUAAUUCCAAUUUUCUAUCCAGAAUCAGGUGGUUUAUUGAUUUGGUAAUUAAUAGUUGUAAUAAUAAUAUUUACAUAUUUAUUUUAUAUACCUUUUAAGGUAUUAGAAUAUUAAUAUUUAAGAUAGGUUUUACAGAUGAAGCAGAUGAUCAUGAUGUAAAUGAUGCUUUAGGAGUGAAAUCUUAUUUAAUUUUUUCAAUAUUAAUGCUUGGUAUAGAUUUGCUGGUUAGUUUCAAUACAGGUAUAAAAAAGAGAGGAGAAGUGAUUUUAGAUCGUAAAGUUAUUGCAUAAAAAUAUGUUAUAUGGGUAUUAGAUAAUAAAUUAUAUUAGGAAUUUGAAUUAGAUUUAAUAGGAGUGAUAUCAUUAAUAUUAUCAUUAUUACUAAAUAAUGAUUAUAUACGUAUUUUAUUUUAUUUAAGAUCUUAUUACAUAAUAAGAUUUAGUGAAAAGAUUGAUCAUUCUUUAUAAUUAAGAAGCAGUAAUUAAUACAAUAUUAUCAAAUAGAUUGGAAAGCAGCCUAUACAGUAUUAAAAUUGAUAAUUGUAGCUUUGUUUGUCAAUCAUUUGAUGGCAUGUUUUUUCUUUGGUGUUUCUUUUAAGUAAUUUUAAAAAGAUGAAAAUGGUAUAAGUAAUCUUCCUACUUGGAUUGAAUAUAAUGGUUAUUUUGAAGAUGAAUAAACAAUUUACUCAUUAUCUUAUUGGUCUAGAUAUGUAAUUUCAUUUUACUGGGCAACUACUACUGUUUCAACUGUCGGUUAUGGAGAUAUUACACCUAAGAAUGAUUAUGAAAUUGGUAUUACAUUAAUUACAAUGAGUAAUUCUUUAUUCUUAAUUUAGUUAUUGCUGGAAUGGUUUUCGCAUUUAAUGUAGCAUCCAUAAGAGAUGUUAUUGUUUAAAUGAAUUCAUAAGAAACUAGAUAUAAUAGUUAUGAAGCUGUUAUCAAUCGUUAUAUGAAAUUUAAAAACAUAUCUUUAUCUACUUAAGCCAAAAUUAUAGAUUAUUAUUAAUAUAUAUGGUAGGAUGAAAAGAAUAGAAAUAGACCUAUUGAAUAAUUGUUAGUCUCUAAACUUGCUCCAGAAUUGAGAUAAUAAUUAUAAUAUGAAACCUAUAUCAAUUUUGUUAAAAGUAAAAUAUUUUGGAACUUUGAUUUCUCUGAAACUUUUAUGCGUUCUCUUGUUUAAUACAUGCAAGAAGAAAGUUAUGGACCAGGAGAAAAUAUCCAUUUUGAUACCAUCAAUCCUUAAUUGUGGUUUCUCUAAAAUGGAGAAAUUUUAAUUGUAUUUUAGUAUACAAUUAUUAGUAUGUUGAUUAUAUUCACUCUUCUUUUAGUAUCAAAACUAGAAUUGAUUUAGUUAAAUCUGGACAAUGUUUAGGAUAAUUAUCAUUCUUUACUCAUUUAAGAUAUAAAUUCUAAGCAUCUACUUUAUAGUAUUGUAAUAUGUAUAAAUUGACCAAAAAUGAUUUCUUAAAAGAAAUUGCAUACUUUCACAAAGAUUUUUAAAUUUAUCAUUACUUCAUUUCCAAAUAAUAUACUUAUCUAUCUGAACUUUUUAAUAAAUUAGAAUUAAAAUGUUACACUUGUUAAUCUUAUAAUCAUCUCGCUGAUUAAUGUGAUCUCACACAUUAUUAUCCUAAACAUCUUUUAAAUUAAAUCAAAAUUAAAGAUGAUACACAACAAAGAGAAGAAUUUUAAAGGAAAAAACGAUUCUAAUUUAAUUCUAUGUCCUUUUCGGAAAAAGUUUAAAAUACUAUCUAUGAUUUUAAUCAAAGAGCAAAAAGAUUUAAAAGAAUUUCAAUGAAAUAAUAAAUUCCAUUUGAAUAUAUGUUUGAAGAAUAAGAAGAAGAAGAAAACUAAGAGUAGCAUCAAGACGAUAUUAGUGAAAUUAAAAAUAUGCUUAAUCAAAUUACUAAUAAAAUUGGUAUCAAAUAAUAAUAUAAAUUUAAAUCUUAAAAUAUAUUUAUCCCAUAAAGUAAUCAUUAAUUCUCUUAAUUAUUAUUAGAACCAAAAUAUGAUCCUUAUGAAAAUAUUUACGAAAUAGAUCUAGUCAAAAAUUAUGAAUACUUCUAUCCUGAAUAUAAUUUAGAUAAUAUCAUCAAGAGAAUAUUUUGA